AUAACUUUUUCCCAAAGUCGAACAACAUGCAAUGGAAAUUUACGAAAAUAUUGAAUAAAUAACAGAAUAGUGCAAUAAACUCAAAAUAUUCCAGAGAUAUGAAAGUCUAUAGUUCAACCUUUAAACGUAUUCUGGAUAGUGUGCCUGGAAAAAAACGUUUUGGUGUCUAUCGUUUUCUACCGGUUUUCUUCUGUUUGGGUGCUGCCCUUGAGUUCUCUAUGAUAAAUUGGACAGUUGGAGAAACAAAUUUUUAUAGAACAUUUAAGAAACGACAAGCAAAGAACUACGUAGAAGAGAAAAUACAUCAUCUAGGAACAGAGACUACUGCAAAUACCACAGCAUCCCAAGCUUCAUAA